AUGCCCUCCCACAAUGUCAUGGACCGUGCGAAAUGGCCGGCCUUCAUUGGCCUCGUCCUCGGCACCGUCGUCGUGACAAACACCGUCAAAACCACCUUCGCGUUCGACAAGACCGUCCACUCCUCGAUCGCAACCUUGGCCUGUUCUGGAGGUGCGAUUAUUGGCCUGAGUCGGUGGCUACCUCGCGAUGGUAACAGGACACACAAAGGUGGACAGUAUGAGGCGGUACCGUUGGCGGAGGUCGGGCAACCGCAUGCGUCGAGAGACCCCAGCCCGAGCCCAGAGGAUGUGGCAUACCCGAGCAGUCUGCGCAAGUUACGGAUAGUAUUCCUCCUACUUGUCGCGUUGCUCGGCAUUAGAGUCGAGGUGAUGAGGGAGGUAGUGAGAAACGUUCAAUGCUCGAGGGCGAGCUGGGAGCCCAUAGUGCCCCUUGUAUUUGCAGCCUGGGACUACUGGGCUGUACAACGAAAGAGGAGACGUGCUACGAAUGAUGAUGACUUGGACGCCAGCGUUUACGAUGCCCUGGAACGAAGCAUGGCCCGAUCCCCGUACAGCUGCGUGGCAACCGUAGCUUUGGUUAUAUUGGGUUCUACUUUGGCGAUGAAUGCGCUUGCAAGUCCAGCUUCGACAUUCAUCUGCGCAGCAGGACUGCCCUUUCGUUGGCUGGUGCCACAGCUCCAACGGGUUGGGACUGUCCUCGACGUUGCGAUCAUUUUCUGCAUUUACAAUUUACUAAAAGCACAAGACGCGCGAGGAUCACUGAACGUUGCGCUGCGUUUUGCUUCGGUUGGAUAUGCGUUUCUUUCGGCGGCUGCUCUUCUACUCUUCGCCGGCAUUGUAUACUACAUCGUUCAAGACAACGACCGCAUCUGGAUUUUGACGAUACCCCACCAAUACUUCUGGAGCGUUUUGAGGCUGGAUUUGGUUGUUGCGUUCACUGUGCUAUGUGCUAUGGUUAUGAUUUUACAAGUCGGUGUAAUGACUACUACAGUAUUGACGACCUUUACAUCGAUUAUGACGGCCGUCGCCAUAUCGGCGUGGGCCAACGGUCACCCAUUCCCUCCACACUCCACAGGUAUAGCAUUCUUGGGCGUCUCCCUUGCCAUACUUGGUUUCAUGGCCUACUUUCAUCUCGAAACGAUGCACGAAGGGAGCAGCGGCAACUAUACGACAUCACUCUUCCGCAAGAUUCCGUCCGCAUUCUACUUGACGAUGCUUAUUUUGUUCUUCUUCUGGACUGGCUUGUGGGCGACGUCUAAGAGCAAAGUCAACUACCACCCGAUUGACAUGCUCAUUUUCGAGGCGCAGCGGUACCACCACAUGUACCUCGACCAAACGGCUGUAAGCACGGGGCUUGCAGAGACUGUCACCCACUACCAGGAAAGAUAUGGUCAGCAGCCCCCACCCGGAUUUGAUCACUGGUAUCGUUACGCGACAGAACGCAACUCCACUGUGAUCGAUUCUUUCGACAGCAUACACCAUGACUUGGACCCAUUCUACGCCUUGGAGCCGCAGCAAAUACGACACCGGACGUGGGAAAUGAUAGCGAACCAAUGGAAUGAUGUAGCAGGCAUCAGCAUCCGCAAUGGCCAAGUCACAGUUGCACCGAACAUCGUACCCACGCACAGGUGGAUGGCAGACGGCUUGGCCGAGUUGAUUGGCAAGUUUGCUAAAUGGCUUCCGGAUAUGGAUCUGGCCUUCAACCUGAAUGAUGAGUGUAGGGUCUCCGUUCCCUACGAAGAUGUCGUUCCAAUGCGACAGAUUGCGCAGAAUAAAAGGCUGAAUCAACAGCAACGACGGGACGACGCCCGGACAUCAUUCAGUGACGGUCGCGCAGAGCAGUGGAAGGCGAUUGCCGAAGAUGAGGUGCCUGACUCGCCCCUUGAAGAGAUUUCGUGGCAGUACUCCUUCCACCGUUUUGGGAGCGUGGGCUGUCCGCCAAACUCUCCUGCUCGGCGACUCCGUCACUGGGAUGUCGGCAGCUUUUGCACAGAAUGCGCCUACCCUCAAUCGCUUGGAGCAUUCCUCUCCAACUGGACCGUCGCAGGGGAUAUCUGCCAUCAACCAGAUCUUGCGGAUCUCCAUGGCCUGUAUCUAUCUCCAGCGUCCUUCAAAGGCACGCACGAGCUGUACCCCCUGUUCUCACAGUCAAAGGCAAACGGCUUCAACGACAUCCUGUAUCCGUCAGCCUGGAACUACCUGGAGAAGGCGAAGUAUGAUCCUAACGAUGACAACCCCGACAGGCCGUUCUCCGAAAAGAACGACACAAUCUUCUGGCGUGGUGCAACAUCUGAAGGUGUGUCUCAAGGUAGAGGCCAGUGGCGUGGUAUGGCCCGCCAGCGCUUCAUUCAUCUGGCGAAUAAUAUCAACAACUCUGCGCCGCCGCAGCCGCUUCUGCUACCAACCGAGAGAGGCGGAAAGCUGUCAUACUGGACACUACCCUCUUCAGAACUGACAGACCUCCUGAAAGCCGACAUCCACGUAGUCGACAGCAUCGCCCGCUGCGCCGGACCCGACUGCGAACACCAAGCUGAAGAAUUCGCCCCACUCGUCCCACCAUCCGACUUCCAGCACCACUGGACCUACAAAUUCCUCCUCGACCUCGACGGCGCCGGCUUCUCAGGCCGCUUCCUCCCCUUUCUACAAUCCCGCUCCCUCCCCUUCAAAGCCGCGCUCUUCCGAGAAUGGUGGGACGACCGAGUCACAGCCUGGGCCCACUUCAUCCCCCUCGACCUCCGCGGCCACGGGUUCUGGGCCACUCUGGCGUACUUCCAGGGCUUGGACGGGAAGAUCGCCGGCGGGUCUGUGGAGGUCAAGAUGGAUCCGCAUGUGCAGGCUGCGGAGAGGAUCGCGGAGGCGGGGAGGGAGUGGGCGGAGCAGGUCCUCAGGAAGGAGGAUAUGGAGAUUUACUUCUUUCGGUUGUUGCUUGAGUGGGGACGGUUGACGGAUGAUCGGAGGGAUGAGUUGGGGGUUCGGAUUUGA